AAGCCCAUCAAGGGCCAGCCCGAGGAGGGCGACUUCGCCGUCGGCGCGGUGACGGUCAAGGAGCUCGGCGUCGCCGAGGUGCGCGUGAAGACGCACUGGGCGUCCGUGGACCCCUACAUGAAGUUCCCCAUGCGCGCGCCCGUGCCACCGACGGAGCCGGCCGGCGGCGCGAACUGCGGCGAGUGCGUCGGGGAGGUCCUAGAAAGCGAGUGCAUCGGGUUCCAGCCGGGUGAUAUCGUACGCGGCCGCUGGGGCUGGGGCGACGUGCGCAACAUCCACGGCGCGGACCUCACCAAACUCCGGACCAUCCACGACGGCCGGCCGUCGACGGCGCUCGGCGUGUUGGGCAUGCCCGGGCGCACGGCCUACUUCGGCCUGUUCAACAUCCUCAAGCCCGAACCGGGCCAGACCAUCUUCAUCUCCGGCGGCGCGGGCUGCGUCGGGUCCUGCGUGGCCCAGAUGGCCAAGGCCAAGGGCUGCAAAGUCUACGGGUCGACGACGCACGCGUCCAAGGUCGCGUGGAUGGAGUCCAUCGGCUACGAGGGCGUGCUGAACGGCUACUACAUGGGCGGGCCGCCCCACUACGAGUCCGCGCUGCGGAAGCUGAUGCCCGACGGCGUCGACCUCUUCUUCGACUGCGUCGGCGGCGAGCUCUCCGAGGGCGUCUUCCGCCUGCUCAACGACGGCGGCCGCGUCGCCGUCUGCGGCGCGAUGUCGACCUAC